CGACUUUCAGGACAGCCAAUAGCCUCCUUCCUGACCGAGGAGUUGGCAGCACUUGCUUUAACCCCUUACUGCCGAAAAGCUAGUUCGGCUACAGCCUUAAUUAGCGUCCUUGCAGACUGUGUGCCGUGACCGCUGUCGGCUGGAGAUUUCAUUCUACCCCUCACCUCGCACCCCGUUUUUAACUCCAAAACAUGGCGGCCCUCAAAGCUUUGUGCAGAGCGGAAAAUAUACUCUUCAAAGCCCUCCCAGGCCCCCGCAGAACCAAAUUAAACUUCGCUAGCCACUUGAACAAGGCUUGUGGCUGUUUCUUCUCCACCUCCUGUCUGAGGAAUUCAAAGUUUUACUCAGAUCCUACAGAAGCUGUAAAAGAUAUCCCUGAUGGAGCAACAAUUCUAGUUGGAGGUUUUGGAUUGUGUGGCAUACCAGAGAACCUCAUCAACAGUUUACUGAAGACUGGUGUAAAGGGUAUCACAGCAGUCAGUAACAAUGCUGGAGUGGAUAACUUUGGCUUGGGCCUGCUGCUCCAGACUAAGCAAAUAAAGAGGAUGAUCUCCUCCUAUGUGGGAGAGAAUGCAGAGUUUGAACGACAGUAUCUUUCAGGGGAGUUGGAAGUGGAAUUGACACCGCAGGGUACUCUUGCAGAGAGGAUCAGAGCAGGGGGUGCUGGGAUUCCAGCCUUCUUCACAGCCACUGGCUAUGGCACUCUGAUCCAAGAGGGAGGCUCCCCCAUCAAGUACAACAAAGAUGGCAGCAUUUCCAUUUCAAGUGAGAAGAGAGAGGUGCGGGAGUUCAGUGGCAGGCACUACAUUAUGGAAAAGGCCAUCACUGGAGAUUUUGCACUGAUCAAGGCAUGGAAAGCUGACAGGGCAGGAAACAUUGUAUUUCGGAAGACAGCCAGGAACUUCAACCAGCCCAUGUGCAAGGCAGCCAAAACCACCAUAGUAGAGGUUGAAGAGGUGGUGGAUGUUGGGACAUUUGCUGAGGAGGACAUCCACAUACCUAGCAUCUACAUCCACAGGGUGGUUCAGGGAGCCAGCUACGAGAAAAGGAUUGAGAAACGCACAGUAAGAAAAAGCCAAGAAGACAAGCCGAAACCAAAGAAAGAUUCAGACAUUGUUCGGGAAAGGAUCAUUCGCAGGGCUGCUCUGGAGUUUGAGAAUGGGAUGUAUGCAAACCUUGGUAUUGGUAUUCCAAUGCUGGCUAGCAACUUUAUUAAACAAGACAUCACGGUUCAUCUCCAGAGUGAAAAUGGAAUUUUGGGACUGGGACCAUAUCCCACUGAGGAUGCAGUUGAUGCAGAUCUGAUCAAUGCUGGAAAGGAGACGGUCACUGUGCUCCCUGGAGCUGCUUAUUUCUCCAGUGAUGAGUCAUUUGCCAUGAUUCGGGGGGGUCACAUCAACCUGACAAUGCUGGGAGCCAUGCAAGUGUCCAAACAUGGAGAUUUAGCCAACUGGAUGAUCCCAGGUAAGAUGGUGAAGGGAAUGGGAGGAGCCAUGGAUUUGGUGGCCAGCGCUGGAACUAAAGUGGUGGUGACCAUGGAGCACUCAGCUAAGGGAGGAAAACACAAAAUAUUGGACAAAUGCAGCCUGCCUUUAACAGGAAAACAGUGCGUUGACCGGAUCAUCACAGAAAAGGCUGUGUUCGAUGUGGACAAGACAAAAGGCCUGACUCUGAUUGAAGUUUGGGAGGGGCUCACUCCAGAUGAUAUAAAGGCAUGCACUGGCACAGAUUUUGAGGUGUCUCCCAACCUGAGGCCUAUGCAGCAAAUUUAGAGGAGCUUCCAGAGGCUCAGAAGAUGUGUUUUUGGUUUGUGCUGCUUCAUUUCUCUGUGAUAAACAGCUGGUGAUGUAAUGGUAUGAAUUGGGUCAAAUAUGCUAAUGAAACAAAUGCUCGUUUCGGUUCUCCGGCAAUAGGAAUGCCAAUAUGAGAAGGAUUUAGUGUACAACAAGGAUAACUGAAUAGGACUAACGGGAGCUGACAUCAGUGGCUCCAGUUGUGGUGUGAUGGAAGAGUUACACCAUGAAGGUUUUUUGAAACUUUAGUCUUCUUGUGUGCAGCUUUUACCAAAUCAUCUUCCAUAGGAAAAUGAUGAUCAAUCUGAAAAUAAUCUUAAAUGCUGUAGGAUAAUUUCUAGUAUUUCUAAUGCAGUUGAGUUAAUAAAUUUAGAUGAGAUGUAACAGAUGAUUUGUAAAAGUUAAAAUAAGAGAACACAAGGGUGUUGUAGGUCAACCGAAGACUUGUUCGUCUCAGAUGGUUGUUCGACAUUAGGGUGUAACAAAUGAGAGAAAAAAUCUUUAUGCAAUCUCAUAUUUUUGCCUUUGAAAAUCAGGAAAGCGUUGUAAUGUAGGUCACAUGUUUGCAGACAUCACUUUUGCCAUAAUGCCAACCUCUUUUCUCUUUUACCUGGUAUAACUCAGCGAAACAAAUAUGCAAUAAGCCUUAAGAUUUUUUAUUCACAUACUUGUUCCCCUGUGUUUGUAUAUAAAAUAAAAUGCAACAUUGUGUGCUGUGUGAAGCAA